UCAAAUGGACUUGUAGCAGUUCUUUCUCGCAGAAUGGAAGUAGCCGUGGAAGUGAAACGGAUUAAACUCGCUUAAUCUUGGCAGGAUAUUGAAGUCUCCUUCGUCUUUUUUCCAAGCCCCCUCUGUGUGCUGGUGAGAUAGUUAUUAAAACGAAGCCUGGCUUUGCGGCUGCUCCUCUGAUAGUGCCCCCCGUAUGGAGGAUGAGGAGGAUGAUGUGUUUGAGCCAGAUCCCAACUGCUGGCGCACGCCCUUCAGGGAGAUAAAGUGUGAAGACCGGGGCACGCAGACGCCCGGUCCUGGCCAGGCGCUACACAACGGCAUGCUGCCCUGUGGUGUUGCGGAGGAGCCCAGACGAUUAUUCUACGGUAACGCAGGUUUUCGAUUGCACUUCCCAGCGCAUUUUGAACUUGUCAGGGAUUUUGACGCGAGGCAACAAGAGGAGCAGAACAGGAUGGAGCAGUUACCCCUGCACCAGCCGGCUGCACUCAGCUUGGAGGCUUGCAUCGGGCAGAAGCUUCAGCUGAUAGGCGACCAGUUUCACCGGGAACACUUACAACAGUAUCAACAAAACCAAAGGAAUCAGGGGCCGCUGUGGUGGCGUAUGACUGCAGCUCUUCUCAGCCUCCUGUUUGAUAGGGGGUUUAUUGCUGGAGGAGGUGGAGCAGGACGGAGGUGAGGGGGAACUUCCUCUUAUAUCCUUUGUCUUCGUCUCUGUUGUGACGAACUGGACUCCUGAAGGCACUGUCCAAUCUAACACGGGUCUGUUUGAGGGAGGAAAGAAAGGAGGGAAAAUAGUCACCGCGGGACGGCGACAACCAAAUUUUAUACAAGGGCGUGUGUUUUUUUUCUUUAAAAGAAGAUGCCAUGAUGCUCCGGGAUUCAUCUAAAGGACAAUGUUUAUAUUUAGGCCUACAUGUCAUGUAGUUGUCUUGUACAGUACAUUGUUCAUUUUUUUUUUUUUCUGUGCACUUCAAUAUGUGUCCUUCUUAAAAGACCUGACCUCCACAGACCUUGGGAAUGCCUUAGUCAGUGUCUUCUGCCAGAAGGUUUUUUUUUGACGAGCAAGAUGAGAUGGUUAAGGAAAUGAAAUGUAAUGUGGUGUGACGGUUUCUUUUCUGAAGUCCCCCAGGAGACCAGUCAAGUUAAUUUACUCACUUCCAAAGAGGCCACUUCCCAGAACAAAGCAUUUUGCACCUCACCUCAAUGGGACAUUUAUCUAUUUAUCUUUUCUAUGUAUUUUUCUCUUUAUUUUCUGUGCUUUGGUGUCAAUUUUAACCCUUCAUAUCUUGUAGGAUUUCAGGAAUAAGGUAAACAUGUACAUAAAAAAGUUGGCACACUGUGAAUUGUUAUCAAAGUUUAGUUGUGCGCUACAUGUCAAACAUUUGGGACUUUUUCAACUAUAUAAGAGGUGAAGUUUGCAGUUCUGAACAACACUACCUGGUUAAACGGGCCUGGUUGGUGCCAGCAGACCUGAUAAACAUCAAGAAAGACUUAAGAUAAAUGUCAGACAUUAUGCAGAUGACUCCACUUUUAUGACUAAAGAACUGACAAGAUAAAUUAGCUUUAAAUACAGUUCAGUAGUGGAUACUUAACAUGCAAAUCAUUUACAUAUUUUAGGAUCUUGUUUCGAUUUUGCUUGUAGCAACAUUAAUUAUUCUUGUAUUUUCUGAUAGCAUAGAUAAGUUCACUGGGAAUUUUUGCAUAAAUGUCCCUUCUAUA